AAGUUCCGUACGGUUCCCAAUCCGCCAAGAAAGGAAGCUCUUGGAGGGACGGCACAGCAUAGGCCUAAAUGUUCUCCGAGGAGCAACAGAAUCCAUCGACUUCGAGCAUCAUCCGCCCGGCGCGGCCGUUUGCCUUUUAUUUUCCCUCCAAUCCUUUCCGCCCCAGUUUUCCCCCACCCGUCUCUCUCUCUCUCUUUCUCUCACUCUCACAUUCGUCUUUUCCCCAUUUACAAGCUACUCGAUUCCAGUCGAGCGGCGGAUAUCGCUUCCGAAGGUCACGCUCGAUGGUCCUUGGGGCCGGCGAGGCAACGCGAGGCGGAGAUCCGGAUACAAUCCAGGAAGAUGACCUACUCGGCUUCUCUCAGAGGCAAUUUGCCGACCACCUUAAGUCCCUACUGCUCGUCCCAUCAUUAUCAUCUGACCCUCAACCAGAAGCAGAGAUUUCUAGUUUCUCUUAAAGCUCAGAAGAAGAUUAACUGCAGACCACUUAUAAUCAGAUCGGCAUUAAAGAAGCUACAGUCAGAUGUUAGUAAUGGUGACAAUGGAGCAACAGAACCUGCAAGGGUUCUUCUUGAGAGACUGUUUACAAAGACCCAGAAACUGGAAGAGAUGGUGAAUAGAGAUUCCAGUCUUUCUGAUGAUGCUGAACUGAACAUGAACCUCGAAAUCUUGGAAUCGGACCUUCAAGCUGCAUUGUCAGUCCUGAGGAAGAAGGAAGAAGAUCUUCAGGAUGCUGAGAGGAGAGUAUUAGUUGAGCAAACCAAAUUAAACCUGACAAAACAGGACUUAGAGAGACAAGAGGAAGAGAUUACUACUGCAUUUGAUAAGCAACUACAAAUGGAAGAAGACCUGAAGAAGGCUAACAGUGACCUAGCUUCUCAAGCCAGUCAGAUUGGAGAUCUAAAACUGUUGGUUGAGGAACAAGGGGUGAAAAUUGCCAGUUUACAAGUUUCACUUUCUCAGAAGGAAGAUUUAUUGGAAAAACUUGAAAAGGAAUUGAUGAUGAAAAAUGAGGAGGCAAGAACUCUAAGUUCAGCAAUUAGCUCCAAAGAACAGCUCUUAUACGAAUCCAAUGAAGUCAUCAGGCAGCAAGAAACAAAAAUUGAAGAGCUUCAACAAGACAUUAAAGAAAAAGAACAUGAUUUAGCUGAGUCACUUAACAUGACGAAAGCUGAAGAAGAGAGGAUAAAAGUUUUGGAGGCAACCCUUGAAAAGCAGACGGUUGAAUGGCUACAAGCACAAAAAGAAUUGAAGGAACUGACAGAGCAAGCUUCUCAGAGCAUUGAUGAUAUGAAGGAGUCUUUUGAGGAUUUCCAAAGAGUUAGAUCACUUCUCGCUGCUGUAAGACUUGAAUUGAUAUCUUCACAAGAAUUUCUUGCUUCCUCUCGCAGAAAAAUGGAGGAUCAAGCGUAUCAGUUUGAGAAACUAGUGGCAGAAAUAAAUGAACAGAAAUCUGUAGUGAUGUCAUACUCCGAGAAUUUGAAAGUUGCUCAAAUCGAUGUUGAGAACAAGAGAUCUGAGUUAACAGCUGCACAUGCUCAGUGCAAGGAACUGGAAACACAAUUGUCAGUAGAGAAAGAAAAUAUAGACUGCUUGCAACAGGAGUUGAGCAGAGAAAGAGCUUCCUUGGAACAAAAAACCCAAAAGGUAGCCUUGCUCCAAAAUGAGCUCCGAGACAAAGAAUUGGCAUAUAGUGAUACUCAAAAUCUUCUUCAGGUGAAAGAGUCUGAACUGGUGGAGGCCAGCCUUCAAAUCCAACAUUUGAAAUCUGAGAAGGCUUCUGUUCAGCUCAUCUUGCAAGAAAAAGAUAAUGAUUAUUUCAAUGCUCAGAAGAAGUUAGCUGAGGUUAAUCAUGAUAUUGCAGAGUUGAAAAAGUUAAUAAACAGCAAAGAACAGCAGCUAAUCCAAACCACAACAAGAUUACAGGAGAAGGAAGAGAAAAUUCAAAUAAUGCAACAUGAAUUAGAUAACACAAAGCUCAAGUACUCAGAAGCUACAUCAAUUGUACAACGAAUAGCCCAACUCACAAAUAAGCUGGUUAUUUCUGUGAAAGAUGAAGAGAGCUGCAUUCCCACUCCUGUGGAUGAGGGAGGUCUGCUUGGUGAUGUGGGGCAUGAUCCUAGUUUCAGGAAGCAGAAACAGCUUGAGACCGAGCUUGAGAUGGUGAAGGAAUCACUGAGACAAAAGGAGAUGAACUUCCUUGCUUCUCAGAAGGCUUUGACUAGUAAGGAGGAAGAGCUCAGAGCAGUUCUGAAAAGGUCAGAUAUGCUGGAAAAAGAACUAACGACAAUGAAAGAAGGGUUAUGGGGAGAUGCUGAUGGGCUAAUGAAACUUUAUAGCCUUGCCCAGGAGAGAAUUGGGGGCAGAAGUAUGGGGGGCUUGGCAAUUGAAAGGCUUGAGCUUGAGGUUGCCCAGCUGGAAGCUGAAGCUGCAGCCACUGCUCUCCAGAAGCUUGCAGAUAUAACCUGUCAGCUCUUGAAAGACACUGACCCAAGUAUGGACAUGGGCACUGUUAUACUGCCAGCAGAAGGUGUGGAGAUUGGUGGUGGUUCUGGUACAUACCCAUAUGGAAGAAUUAACAGUCUUGAGGAGGCUGAGAGGGAGGUUGCCCAUCUUUUUGCUUUGACAGAGCAACUUGUGAACGAGGCUGGAAUUAGCAUCGCUGAACAGCAGCAUUGCACAGACAACUGAUCCAUAAAUCUAAUUGAUUGCCUUGUUUAGCAAGAUGACUCCAAUUUUUCUGACUUCCCAACCGAUUAUAAAAAUCUGCAUCCAAUAACCCUUGUUUAAAAAAAAAAAAUACAUCAUAGGUCAAAAGUUUCAGCUGGUUUAGAACAUUUCAUAGGUCCUAUCAUACUUUCUUCUUUGAUACACCCUGUAAAUUUUUGAAAUGUAAGACUUAAAAAUGAACAAAGAAUUUCUGAGACAAAGUACUCCAGGUUGGAUUUUGGAUA